CGUUUGCGGACCGUCCUAAUAAUUUCUAAAAAAGACGUGCUGCUCACUGCAUUGUUACGUAAAAUAAAAUUUUCGUUUUUAUUUGAUCGAACUACUUCUUUCUCUGAUCGGCACAGCUUAUAUCUGCCCAAAGAUGGAUUUAUCGACGACCGGCUGUUACACGUUUGAUGUGGACAAGGCGAAGACCUUCAAAGUGGCAACACCGAGAGAGCAGGAUGACGGCCGCAGGGAAGUUCUAAGCUGCGCAAUUGAAAUCCAAGCGAUUAUCUGUGGUGAUGAAAGUGAUACGGACGCCGGAUACCUUGUAGACGUGGAUUGCGAUCAAUUUGGAAAAUACAAAGGAUUUCUCUCCAUAACCGCUUGGAACUCAGCAGAAAGUCUGAAGACGGCUUUGAAGAAAGGCUGCAAAUGCAAAGGCUUGCCUGCGAUAUUCUGCAAAAUGAGCCAAAAUGACCUUCAAGAAUACGGCAAAUUUCUGACAAGCGAUUAUAUUCAGAAAGCCAAAGAACGCGGUGACCCUUUUGUACGAAAAAGAGUAAUCCGCCAUGGCCGGCAAGCGGACGGGGAUACUGUGGUUUUCGGCCCGGAAACUGCAUUUCGUAAAACUGAAGUGGGCGACUUCCAACGCGUCGACCUUUCCGCAACGGAAUUCGUUUGGGUUCCUGGAUCGCUGCCUGAGCUGUCUGUCCCUAAAACUUUACCGCCUGAUUAUGACGCUCUGUCGUUCCUGUCAUCUUUACUGCCAGAGAAAACAAUGCUUGGGCUCUGCAUGGCACUAGGGGGCGCUUAUGCUGGUUUUCAUUACGACGUUACCAUUGCAAAUUUCAAGCGAAUGCCGGUACUGUUCUUGUAUGGAGACACAAACUGCGGAAAAUCGUUUGUUGCCAGUAUGGUGUUGGAAAUGUUUGCGCAAGGCGCAUCUCAACUGUGAGACUUUAAAAGUACUACCGUAGCGGCACUGAGAGACUUCAUCACAACACAAAACCUUCCGGUUGUGAUACACGAUCCAGUCAGCCCAGAAAUUGUGAAGGCAGCAAUCGAAGACACCUACGAGAAGAAAGCGUUAGCGAAUAACACAGAACGGAAAUAUCCGCGGACUUCGGCAAUUAUUACGCUGAACUCUGAUGCACUGGCAGACUUUCGCAACUUU